CCAGCAUGAACACAGAUUGGCAGUGGUAGUGUUAGUGUUUCAAAGAGGGAGAAAGGGUAGCACAGCUCUCUGCUAAACUAACUACAUCCACUCACCACUGACUGUAUAUAUACAGUACUUAAGCACCCUGGAUCAACAUCCUUUCAACAGCUUUUCAUAGUGGGUGGAAAACAAAUUAUCUUCACAAGCGUUCUAAAUCAGUGAAGAAUAUACUAAUCAGUGCAAUUUGUAUUAAAAAUGAGCUGAGACACUGUGGAUAUCCAUACCACUUGGACAAAAAGUACUAGAUUGUGAGAACUGGGGAUAAAUCAGGAAGGCAUUUAAAAGGAAUAAACUGUCAUUCUGAAAUGUGUUGCAUCUGACGGAUCUACUUUGGGAUUGCAGUGGAUUUUCGCAAAAAAGGAAACUUGACAAGAUGCUGGGCUGAGGAUGCAGUGUCUCCUUUAAAUCUGUGGAAACAGGGCUGGAGUUUUCUUGUCCAUCCAUAUGGAUGUAUUACUAUGACUAGUGCCCUUUAAAAUACUACUAUGCAUUUAUUUUGCGCGCCUGCUUUCAGACCGGAUUCAUUCAGACAUUAAGAACUGUAUAAAAAUCGAAAACUGUUCCCUUUUUUAAUUAACUUAAUAAUUUAUCCAGGAUUCAUGCACAAUACCUGGAUUGUUUUAAUAUGAUAGAAUGGGUCUGCUACUAGUCAUUCUUGUGUCUGGAUUACUUUUUUUUCAAGUGAAGGGAUCCCGUCUUCGUCAGGAGGAUUCCCCCCCUCGGAUAGUGGAACACCCCUCUGACCUCAUUGUCUCCAAAGGAGAACCCGCCACUUUGAACUGCAAGGCGGAAGGCCGGCCUACCCCCACCAUCGAGUGGUAUAAGGAUGGUGAGCGGGUGGAGACUGACAAGGAUGAUCCUCGCUCCCACCGCAUGCUGCUUCCCAGCGGCUCACUCUUCUUCCUCCGCAUCGUGCACGGCCGACGCAGUAAACCGGACGAGGGGAGUUACGUCUGCGUGGCCAGGAACUACCUGGGGGAAGCCGUGAGCCACAAUGCAUCGCUGGAGGUGGCAUUGCUGCGGGAUGAUUUCCGACAGAACCCCACCGAUGUUGUUGUGGCUGCUGGAGAACCAGCAAUUUUGGAAUGCCAGCCCCCACGUGGUCACCCUGAACCAACCAUUUACUGGAAAAAAGACAAAGUGCGCAUUGAUGAUAAAGAAGACAGGAUCACAAUCAGAGGUGGAAAGCUGAUGAUCUCCAACACCAGAAAGAGUGAUGCAGGCAUGUACAUCUGCGUAGGGACCAACAUGGUGGGAGAAAGAGACAGUGAAACUGCACAACUAACAGUGUUUGAGCGGCCUACGUUUUUGAGGCGACCGAUUAACCAGGUGGUCCUUGAGGAAGAGGUGGUGGAGUUUCGAUGUCAGGUGCAGGGGGACCCGCAGCCCACAGUGCGUUGGAGGAAAGAUGACGCUGAUCUACCCAGAGGACGCUAUGACAUUAAAGAGGAUUACAUGCUUCGCAUAAAAAAGGCUUCCAGCAGUGAUGAAGGUACCUACACAUGUAUUGCUGAGAACCGUGUUGGAAAAGUGGAAGCUGCUGCAACCCUUACAGUCAGGGCUCCGCCUCAGUUUGUGGUCAGGCCAAGAGAUCAAAUCGUUGCACAGGGUCGAACUGCAUCCUUCCCCUGUGAAACAAAGGGAAGCCCUCAGCCAGCUGUCUUUUGGCAGAAAGAGGGAAGCCAGAAUCUACUGUUCCCAAACCAGCCCCUCCAGACAAACAGUAGAUUUUCAGUUUCCCAAAGUGGAGACCUCACAAUCUUCACUGUCCAGCGAUCAGAUGCUGGAUAUUACAUCUGCCAGGCUCUCACUGUUGCUGGCAGCAUCUUAGCAAAGGCCCAGCUGGAAGUCACUGAUGUGUUGACCGACAGGCCCCCACCCAUUAUCCGCCAAGGACCAGCUAAUCAGACGCUAGCAGUUGACAGUUUGGCUUUGCUAAAGUGCCAAGCCUUAGGUGACCCUAUUCCUACCAUCAGCUGGUUAAAGGAUGGUUUGAGUCUCCUUGGUAAAGACUCUAGGAUGUCUCUCCAGGACCGAGGAAGCCUUCAAAUUAAAAACAUACGGCUCUCAGAUUCUGGCAUCUAUACCUGUGUGGCUGCAAGUUCCAGUGGGGAAACAUCUUGGAGUGCUUUUCUUGAAGUGCGAGAAUCUGGAGGAGCUACAAUGAGCAAGAAUCAUGAUGUCAAUGAGCUUCCAGGACCCCCGUCCAAACCACAGGUCACUGACGUCACAAAGAACAGUGUCUCGUUGUCUUGGCAAACAGGCAUGACAGGCAGUUCACCUAUCACAUCCUAUGUCAUUGAAGCAUUCAGCCAAUCAGUGAGUAACAGUUGGCAGACAGUUGCUGAUCAUGUGAAGAUGACCCAGUUCACUGUGAGAGGACUUAGACCAAACACAAUCUAUCUGUUCAUGGUCAGAGCCGUCAACUCACAAGGACUCAGUGACCCAAGUCCAAUAACAGAUCCAGUACGGACUCAAGAUAUCAGUCCACCAGCACAGGGAGUGGAUCACAGGCAUGUGCAGAGAGAGCUGGGGGAGGUGAUUAUACGACUGCACAACCCUGUUGUUCUUACACCGACAACCAUUCAAGUUACUUGGACGGUGGACCGGCAAUCUCAGUUUAUCCAAGGCUAUCGAGUGAUGUACAGACAGACUUCCGGCCUGUCCUCUCCUUCCAACUGGCAGAGUACGGAUGUGAAAGUACCAACUGAGAGGAGCACUGUGCUGUCCAACCUCAAGAAAGGCAUUGUAUACGAGAUCAAGGUUCGGCCAUAUUUCAAUGAAUUCCAGGGGAUGGACAGUGACUCCAAGACCGCUCGUACAACUGAGGAAGCCCCGAGUGCCCCUCCUCAGUCUGUCACUGUCCUGACGGUGGGGAACCACAACAGCACAAGCAUCAGCGUCUCCUGGGACCCUCCCCCUCCCGACCACCAGAAUGGAAUCAUCCAGGAGUACAAGAUUUGGUGUCUUGCCAACGAGACUCGAUUUGACAUCAACAAGACAGUAGAUGCAGCUAUUCGCUCUGUGGUUAUUGGGGGGCUCUACUCUGGGAUCCAGUAUCGUGUUGCUGUGGCAGCAAGCACCAGUGCUGGAGUGGGAGUCAAGAGCGAGCCUCAUCCAAUUAUUAUUGGGAAUUUCAAAGAUGUCAUUAUGAGUGGAGCUGGGAGCAACAACAGCAUCACUGAGCAGAUCACAGAUGUUGUCAAGCAACCUGCUUUCAUUGCAGGCAUUGGAGGUGCAUGCUGGGUCAUUCUAAUGGGCUUCAGUAUCUGGCUGUACUGGCGCAGAAAGAAAAGAAAGGGUCUCAGCAACUACGCAGUUCAGUCCUUCACCUUCACCCCUGCAGUAACCUUUCAGCGAGUGGAUGGAGGCAUGGUGAGCAAUGGGAGCCGCCCAGGACUACUAAAUGCAAGUGACCCAGGUUACCCUUGGCUGGCUGACUCUUGGCCUGCUACAAGCAUUCCUGGCAACAAUGGGCCUAAUGACCUUGGAAACUUUAGCCGCGGAGAUGCUCUACCACUGGUGCCAAGCCAAGGGGACAAAUCCGGAACUAUGCUCUCAGACGGAGCCAUCUAUAGCAGUAUCGACUUUACCACUAAGGCCAGCUACAAUAGCCCCAGUCAGAUUCCUCAGGCCACCCCUUAUGCCACCACACAGAUCCUGCACUCCAACAGCAUCCAUGAACUUGCCGUUGACCUCCCUGACCCUCAGUGGAAGGCCUCAAUCCAGGCCAAGCAAGACCUGACAGGAUUGGGUUACUCACUGCCAGACAAAACAUCAUGCAACAACACCCUACUUUUCAUUCCUGACUACCGAUUGGCUGAAGGAUUGUCUAAUAGAAUGCCACACAACCAGUCACAAGAUUUCAGCACCACCAGCUCUCAAAACAGCUCAGAAAGGAGUGGCAGUCUCUCAGGUGGAAAAGGAGGCAAGAAAAAGAAAAACAAAAGUGGAUCCAAACCUCAGAAGACAAAUGGAUCAAACUGGGCCAAUGUUCCUCUUCCACCUCCCCCAAUACAUCCAUUGCCUGGUACAGAACUGGACCACUAUGGCGGAGACCAUCAAGAAGGAGGGUAUGGUAAUGAUGGCUGGGGACCCCCUCUACCAGUCCAGACGUACUUGCAUCAGGGGAUGGAGGAUGAACUGGAGGAAGAAGACGAAAGAGUACCAACACCUCCAAUCCGAGGAGUGGCCUCCUCUCCCGCCAUGUCUUAUGGACAGCAGUCUACCGCAACCCUCACACCCUCGCCACGAGAGGAAAUACAGCCUAUGCUUCAGGCCCACCUGGACGAACUGACCAGGGCCUACCAGUUUGAUAUUGCAAAACAAACAUGGCAUAUGCAAGGCAACCCCCAUCCUCCCCAGGCCCCAGCACCUCCUCUUGGAUACAUUUCCAGUACCCUGGUCUCGGACCUAGAAACUGACAUUCCAGAUGAGGAAGAUGAAGAUGAAGAUGAGGAUGAAGGAUAUGAAAUUGCCAGGCCACUCAGGGGUAUAGAACAUACUCCAGGCUCUAGUAUGGACAAUCUUGACAGCUCCGUGACAGGUUCAAUGGUUAAUGGAUGGGGUUCUGCUUCAGAGGAGGAACAUAACUUAUCUAGCCAUAGGUCUAGCAUAGGUAGCUCCUCUGACGACUCCAUAUUUACCAAUGGCAGCUUUGCCCAGGCGUUGGUUGCUGCAGCAGACAAAGCUGGCUUCAGGUUUGAUGGGACAAGCUUAACCAAAAAAGGUAAAGGCUACUCUUCCUCUCAGAGACUUCGGCCCGGCAGUCCGUUUUCAACAGACAGCAACACCAGUGCAGCUCACAGCCAGAACCAAAAGGCCAGGCCAACAAAGAAACACAAGGGAGGCAGACUGGACCAGGCACCCAUGCCUCACCGCAGGGAAGGCAUAGCAGACGACUUGCCUCCACCCCCAGACCCCCCUCCAUGCCAGGGAUCCCGGCUGCACUCAGGUUCAGGGCAGAGAGGAAUGGGCAUGGGCGGCUCUACAGAGAGGACGGCCAGCUCCCUGGAGAGACAGCACGUCUCCUGCCUGGAGGAGAAGAAGAGCUCCCUGGAGAGGCAGACCAGGAUGUCUCUGGAACGGCAGAGGCAAGCCCAGGAGCGUGUCAGCUCCAUGGAGCGCAGCGAUGACAUGAGGAGACUCCACAAGCAAGCACAUGGAUCAGAAGAGGCACUGGUGCCAUACAGCAAGCCCAGCUUCCCAUCUCCAGGAGGACACAGUUCUUCAGGAACAUCUUCUUCAAAAGGAUCAACUGGACCAAGGAAAGGGGAGGUCACAAGGGGGCCUCACCAACGUAACACCACAGACCUCCCAGAUCUAGGAUACAUGGGAACAAAUGGCCAAGGACAGUACUCUGGUGAAUUAUGUACGUAUUCUCUGGCAGAAGGCCUUUCUGGAAAAGUUGAACGACAGUAAGAGGCUGGGCUUGCUCGUCUCCCUCCCUAUACAGAGUAAAUUGAAAAGGAUGCAUCGUUAGCUGCUUCUGACACCACCAGGUCUGAUCUCACCGAAGUGAUGACACCCGUUGGUGUAAUGAACUUUUUCCUUAUUUAUGUACUAUUAGAAAAAAAAGAAACUGUAAAUGUGAUGUAAAGACACACAGACACACAUAUCCCACAGUUACUCUUAUGUUUUUGUCCUCUGAAACACACCUCCCACCUUAACUAUUUCUUGUCAGGAGAAAAAAAAAGAAAAUGAAAUGUAUUUAAAGACAAAUGAGAAACAAAAAAGAGCACCCUCCAAGACAAAGGGAUUUUGUUUUUGUAAAUAAUCGUUUGAUGUUGCAUUGCUAUGCAAGAUCACUUUUUAGCUUUUUUUUCAUAUGAUAGUCAGUUUUUAUUGGUCAUUUGUACUAUACGUGAAUUAAUAGGCUGUGGUGCCAUAAAUAAUUGUUUUAUUGUUAAACAUUUUUGUUAUAUGUUUAAUGUUUUGCACUGCAUUUUUUUUGGUGAUAAGCACAAAACUUUAACUCCUUGUGACAUGAAGAAAACCAGACUGAAUUUGAAGGGUGUUUUGUACUGUAAACUAUAAAAAAGGAGGUUUCUUUUGGAAAGAAAUCAUCUUCAACACUAGAAAGGAUAUUGUAUUUAAUGGGGCCUGACCUUUUUAGGAUUAAGUAGGCUUGUGAGAGACAUGUGAUGGUAACAGAUAAAUCUGGUUCACUACUUAGAGUAAUCUUGGACUUGGAGAGAAAAAAAAUAAAUAAAAAAGCUGGAAUGAUGGUACCAAAAAGGUGUUUCACUAGAGCUGGUUUAAACAGAGGGCGUUACAAUUAGUCCUGCCUGUGGCUUGUGCCUUGUAAUCCACAAAACCCCCUAUUAAAAAAAAUUAAUUGAAGACCCAAUGACAGUACAUUUCAAGGACAGUAUUCCAAAAGGGCAUCACACAAUGUUUCAGUUUCCUAUUAUGUCCUUAUAUCUUAUUAUUUGUAAUUUGCCAACUGUAUACUGAAGGCCAUAUCAUUCUGUAUCUUAUUUUAUGAGCAUUUUACCUAUCUGGCACUGUUUACAUUUUCACUCCUGACAUCUACCCAGUUGUUACAUCCUUUUGCCAUGUGUCCCUCAACUUGUCAUAAUAAAGUGAGAUUUCACUGUUUCAAACGCUGUUCUAAAGUAAUACAAAAAAAUGACCUUUUAGAAUAUAAAGUAAAUUGAUUUGCUGAAAACUUGAAUAUCUGAAAACAAGACUGUUUUGAAGCUUUAAACAGGAAAUUUGGUUUUACAUUUGUCACCAGUAGAAUAUUUUAUUUGCUUUAGCAGUAGAAUCACCAUUCACUUUACAAAUUAAAAUUAGAACUGAUGCUAUGAACAAAGAAAGAUGAUAAGGUACAAGCCCAGAAUAAUUAAAUGUUUUACCACUAACUUUAUGUUCCCAUGGUUAUCUUAGGAAAUUACAAAUAAAGUGUAUCAAUUAGCCUUGUGGCUUAAGUUAAAGAUGCAUGAUAUUUUCUAAUAGUGUAACAGGUCAAUAUCCAGCUCAGAUAGUAUCUCUUGAUUUCAAAGUUCUGAUGCUAUUGCUAUAUACCUCUCUCUCUCUCUCUCUCUCUCUCUCUCUCUCUCUCUCUCUCUCUCUCUCUCU